GCUCUGCGCCGGCUGCACGGACCACACUGUGUCUGUGACAGAGUGUGUGUACAGCAGAGAGGGAGAGCAGUAGAGAGACAAACACAGUGACUGAGUAACUGACUGGGGGGAAACACAGACACUGACCUCGGAGUAGAAUCAUCGCCUUUUUCUCGUGUUUAAAUUUGAAGCAGGAGUAAAGAAGGGACAGAAGGACAGACAACAGGCAGCACACAGGCAGGCAGGUAAAUUAGGUGAACCAGCACAGUCUUCUUUGAUGAUGGAUGACUACACUCUUCCCUUCUGGAUUUACCUGGGCGUUCUGACAGUUUUUGUCGGUGGAGCCAUGAAGAAGAUUUUGGCGUCCCACCUGAGCACUGCCUCCACCCUGGUGGCCUGGCUGGGAGCCACUGUGCUGUUGGAGCGGCUGUGGGUGUUCUGCCUGCCAGCCAUGCUGCUUCUGGCACUGCUCGGCCUCGCGUGCUGCCUCUACUCUGCCGCCAGGACCGGCUCGCCGCCUGCCACCCUGCCCGCCCAAGGCAAGGCCGUCUUGAUCACAGGAUGUGACUCUGGUUUUGGGAAUGCAACGGCGAAGCGUCUGGAUGCUCUUGGCUUUGAGGUGUUUGCAACAGUAUUGGAUCUGUCAGGAGACGGAGCCAGAGAGCUGCAGAGGACCUGCUCCCCCCACCUCACACUCCUCCAGGUGGACAUCACCCAGCCACAGCAAGUCCAACAGGCCCUGCUGGACACCAAGGCCAAGCUGGGCCUCAAAGGUCUGUGGGGCUUGGUAAACAAUGCCGGUGUGUGCGUGCACUUCGGAGAUGCCGAGCUGUCGCUGAUGUCAAACUUCCGUGGCUGCAUGGAGGUCAACUUCUUCGGCACUCUGAACAUCACCAAGAGCUUCCUGCCACUGGUGCGACAGGCCAAAGGACGCAUCGUCACCAUCUCCAGCCCUGCCGGUGACCAGCCGUUUCCUUGUCUGGCAGCAUACGGAGCGUCUAAAGCAGCUCUCAACCUCUUCAUGAACACUCUGCAACACGAGCUGGAGCCCUGGGGAGUCCAAGUUUCCAUUAUCCUGCCCUCCGCAUACAAGACAGGUCAGUCCAGUAACCACGCCUACUGGGAGCAGCAGCACAGGCAGCUGCUGCAAAGUCUGUGUCCGGGGCUGCUCGAAGAGUACGGCGAGGACUACGUGACCGAGACCAAGGAGCUGUUCCAGAGCCACGCCAGCAAGGCCAACCCCAACCUCAGCCCCGUCGUCGACACCAUCAUCCAGGCGCUGUUGUCGCCGCAGCCACAGGCGCGUUACUUCGCGGGGCCCGGCGUGGGCUUCAUGUACUUCAUCCACACCUACUGCCCCUUCAGCAUCAGCAACCGCUUCCUCCAGAAACUGUUUGUGAAGAAGAAGCUGAUGCCGCGCGCUCUGAGGAAGCAGUCGAGCUUCGACCUGAACCUCAGCCUCCAUAACAACAACAACAACAACAAGGAGAAACUCAAGGAGCUGUGAGAAAAUAGAAAAAAAAUCCUGAUGGUAUUAUCCAGCAGCGAUAGAGGACCACUUCUGUAACGCAUUCAUAGAGCUGUAACCUGUCCUUUUCUAUGUGGUGUUUUUAAACUGUUGAAGGGAUCAUAGUGAUGCACCAAAGUGGUUUCUGUUUGUUUCUGUAUUGUCUUGCCCUGUGACGCCCCCCUGUAGAUGGCAAGGACACACCUGGAGGUCAGUGGGCGGGGUCUGGUAUAGGUAGGGAUGCAGCCACGGGUCCCUCAGAGAACACUUGGCCUACGUCAACGAGAUCCGCUGCACUGUACACACACUGAGACAGUCGCACAGACUUCAUGUGCCUUCAUCACACAGAGAAACACCAACGGAGACAAACAAUGAUGUAUCAGCGCUUCAGCGGCUCCAUUGUAACUACUGACCUUAAACCUACAUAAAAAUAUACAUGCAGACAAACUCUGCAUCAGUGAGGCUGAAAGAAGACGACACUAUUUUACAAACUCUGUUUCAUUUCAUAGUCUCAGCCUCAUUAUGAGAUUGUUAUGGUCCCUUCUUCACUGCUGAGUGGUCGAGAUGCAUUGAUAUCAGUCAGUUUUACGGAACAAGCCAGAAUCCUUCCAAAUACACCGGUCCGACUUGGGCUGUCAACUCUGGCCCAAACUUGACCCAGUUGCUGCUGCUAACCGGGGCUGACUUUUAGCCAAAAUUCAUGAACAAAAUGAGCCGAAUUUGGUGGUUGAGUCAGGGCCAGAGCCGGCCCUCAGCCAAGCGUUCCAACAUUCAGCCGCAAUCAGCGUGACUCCGCCGCAAUGUGUUCCCUUUAAUCUCUUUAAGAUAAGUGAGGAAAACUGUGGCUUUGUUUCUGAUUGACGCUGUAUGUAAUGUCACCGCAUCCUCAGACCUCAACAAAGUCAAAUGACGAAAAGAAUAAAAUCAGGAUUUUAAGAUUUUUUCGUUUAAAGAAGUCAUUGUAACUGUAAGAAAUCACAACCAGUGACUUCUUCUCUUAAAAGAAGCCGUCUCAUUGGAUCAGAAGAUGAGAAAACCAGAUCUAAAAGUUUAGCAUUAGCUGUUAGCACUGAGCUGUGCACAAUAAACAACCGGGGAUGAUGUGAGGCAACAAAACACAAGCCGUUCAGGUCAAACCUCGACUUUGAAUCAAUCGAUCGAUUUAUCACUUAAAUCAGGAUUAAAUGAAGAUAUUCUGCCUAAUCAGAGCUACGUGAAGUAAAGACAGGGCUUUUUAUCAUUUUUGACAAUUUAUAGAUUAUUUGGAUCAAUCAAAAUGUCAUCAGCAGAUUAACAGAUUAAUUAAAAAAUUCUGUGUAUCCCCGGUCACACAGAAUGAAUCUUUGUUGUCUCGAUUUGGCCUUCGGUUGCCAGCAGGGGUCUUGUAAAAUGAGAACUAACUCCACCCGUGUGGUUUGUCAGAAACCUUGAAGAGUGCACUCGGUGAAACGAGCUGCUGCAGCGACGCCUCUGUCCAUCGGCCCACAUAUUUCUACAUCUCUGAAUAUAUGUCACAUUUAGAUAACAACAUAUUUACACGUUCGGAGUCGAACCAUUUUGUUUCCUGCAUCGCAGGAAGCGGAGACUGAAUCAUUUCAAAACAAAAGUCCAGAUUCAGUAUGGCAUGUCCUUGUUGUUUUCUUACAGAACAAAAAUAUACUGACAUUAUUAUUUGAUUUUCGGGGGGGGGUCUGCUUACUUCAUUAUCCCAGUGAAAACAUCAGUAAAGUCAAGUUUUCCGUCUCGUGGUACCUUUGAUUACUGUACAGUCGUUACAUUGGGAACAUAUUUUCUCUCAUUCCCUCUUAUUCCCUCUGUGAAUCUAGGUUUUAAAUAAAAGAUACAUAUAAAAAGCAGAGACAGCUUCAGAACAAAUGGCAGUCGUAAAAUCGAUAAAACUGUUCUGUUACAAUGUUGACUUACAAUCAUUAGUCAGGAUUAAGUCAGGAUGCUGCUUAAUGAACAGUUUGAAGACAUCAUAUGUAAAUAUUCUGUAUAAAAUGACCGGUAUCCUCCUCAAAAUUAAAUUCAGAAAAGCAAGUUGCUCUUAAAAUACCCAAUUUUUUAUUCUCAUUAUUUCAUCAGAUCUGAACUCUCACUUUUCAGAUGGAAAAACUAUAUAAAAGCUAAAUCCAUUUUAAAGUAACUUUUGAAAUUGGGUGUUUCUGUUUUUAACCAGAAGUGAUAUUUUUACAUUUCUCUGAUUAUUUUUCUGCAUCUUCCAGCAUCAGAAAUCAGAGACUGAAUGUGUCCAAUCAUUUCACAGCCAGUUUCUCAGUCUGAACAUUUCUGCUUCCGACCAAAACUUUCUUUUCAGGACAAAACUUUCCUCUUUCCCCCACUGAAAGUCAGAAAAUAAUUUCUAAUUGUUUGAAAAGUUAAAUCCAGUUUUUAGUCAGAAAACAAACACACAGACCAGUCUUCUAAACACUGAGUUUCUCCUCAUAUUCAAGAAAUUUCCUGUUUUUUUCCUCUGUUUUUUAUGUUUGAAUAUAAAAAAAACAAAGUAUGUAGCAGGUAUUUUUUCAGCCGUGACGAAUCCAACAAAAUUCAAACCUCAAUUUUACAACUAUAUCCAAAUAGACAUAUUUACAGGACAGGUGUAUUUAUUGUGGUGUAGACAUGAGUCCUAAACACACAACGAUAUUAGGAAGCGAAUAUUUUUGGAAUACAUUUGCUCACGUUUGCACAUGCUCCGUGAGUGUGAUGUGCUUCUGGGGUCUUUGGAAACAGUCAUCUCUCACCAGGUUCAGCUCCCAAAACAUCAUAUUUUGUUUUGUUAUAUUUGUUCAUGUGUUUUUCAGUCCACUUUUUGUCUUUGUUUUUGAAUCAUCCUAUUUAUGGCAUCUUUUCUUUUAGCAUCACUUAAACUGUGAAUUUUGCAUAAAAAAUGUAAAAACAAAAAAAAAACAAAAAACAAAAAAUUGAUGUAAAAUGUCACUUGGUUCAUUCUUUGAUAGAAAUAAAGUUGACUUUUGCAGA